GGGCGGCCCAAUUACCUCGUCUAAAUGUUUGCCUAAAGUUAACAUCUUUCCUGAUUAGUCUCCUCUUCAUCUCCUGAAUAUCAACCGACCACCAAGCAACCUUGUUGUCGGAAAUAUAAUCUAGAAUCUCAGCAACGGCCGUUUCUACUGUGAAGCCAUCGGAACCAGCUUCGACCCCCCCCCCCCCCCCCCCCCACACACACUACAGAUAUAACCACAGCUAAUGCUUCCGCUAUGGCCGCUGUAGAAGCUUGUACCGGAAAACCUCAAAGCAAAAACCAUAUCCCCUCAUUUUGCAUGAUAGCACCUCCCGCAGCUUGACCAGGAGAAAUUUGUUGGAGGCAGAGCUUGGGGCUGAAUUCUUAUGGUGAGCAACAGACCGAUGGUGAACUUGGACGUUGAGAUCGCCAAUUUCUUCAGGUGCUGUGGUCGGUGGUCUUUGGCCGCUGCUAUCUUUGUGGUGACGGGACCUGAAACCUGAUCUGCUAAUUUGAUGCUCAAAAUCGUAAUUUCGGCGAGGAGGAAUCUGCUUUGUUGCUCGCUGUAAAAGAUGAGACUGAUGCGAUGUUGUUGCUGCAGAAUUUUCUUCGCGCUAUGUUCGUCAAUGAGCUCUAUAGCUAGGCUGCCGUACUCCCCUACGUGAAGAUGAUCGGAGAAGGGAGAUGGAGGAGUCCGUCCAUAUCUGUCACUCUGCUAGGAAUCUGGAUCCUAGCUUGACUUUUAAAAAAGUUGGGCCCGUUCAGAAUUUAAGCCUUCCCAUUUUUAAAGGCUUGGGCUAUAUUCCACAAGUGGAGCUAUUUAAUAAUAAGGAGGCCUGAUUUCUUUGCUACUUGAAGUGAUUUGAACGUGGUGUCACUUGUUGAAGAGGAAGGAGCUAAGCCUAUUGUCAGUUGUCGGUGUCACUUGGGGCCCUUUGUUGGGUUAGUGGCACUGAUCUAAAGAAUUAGGCUGAUUGCCGGUUGUCGAUGUCGCUUGGGGCCCUUCGUUGGGUUAGUGGCACCGAUUUAAAGAAUUAGUCCGAUUGCCGGUCAUCGGUGUCGCUUGGGGCCCUUCGUUGGGUUAGUGGCAUCGAUCUAAAGAAUUGGUCCGAUUACCGAUCAUCGGUGUCGCUUUGGGCCCUUCAUUGGGUUAGUGGCACCGAUCUAAAGAAUUGGUCCGAUUGCCGGUCAUCGGUGUCACUUGGGGCCCUUCGUUGGGCUAGUGGCACCAAUCUAGAGGAUUCGGCUAAUUGCACCUGUUGAAGACUGAGAUGUUGCCGCUACUUUCGACCUUUGUCCAUUCUGAAGGAGCUUGUCUAAUUAUUGGCCAGUGUUACUUAUUUCUUUGUUCGUCUAGGCGGAAGAUGAAGUCAAUUGCUCGGGCUUGGGAUUGAUUAUCAUUGCUGAGCGGCCUGUUGUUUUUUUAUUAUUAUUAUUAUUUUAGUUUUUUUAGUAAUAAUAAUAAGAAUAAUGAUUUUUUUUUUGCAGCCCAAAAUGAUAUAUUUUAAGGACGUAAGGCGUGGAGGCAAAAAGUAUCUCUCUAUAUCAACGAGCAAAAAAAAUGACGAAGAGAUUCUUUUGGAGAUGCACAAGCCAUUUGCUCGCGAGUUUUGGGAUCCAACGGUUGUGUCAUAUCGAGUUACAAAUUGGACUCCUGAGUGCGAGUAUCAAGCUCAGACAAUGCGGACUUUAGUAUCUGGCUUUACUCACAUGUCCUCUUCUGAGAUUCUUCCUUCUUUGGGUAGACGCAUCGUUGAUGAACUUUGACAAAGACCUUAUCAUUUGGUGGUGAAUUUAGAUUCAUCACAGGUUAUUGGGACUGGGCCGAGGAUAUUUUGAGCAUGAGUAAAAGCGUUCUGGAGGAAGGGCUUAUUUACGAUGCUGUUUAUGCCUCAUUAUUCACGUAUGACCGAUGUACUAAUGCUAUUCAAGCAUUUUGUGAGGCAUGGUGUCCCACGACGAAUACUUUGCUUACGUCAAUUGGCGAAUUGACGAUCACACUUUGGGACUUGCACGUUAUCGGAGGAUUGCCUAUCAUAGGAGACGCAUAUGAUGAAUCUAUUCUGGACACUUCUGAGUUGUUAAAUACGAACGCUGACCGUUCACUUCAUCUCUGCAAAUAUUUGUUUCACGCAUAUUAUCAUCUCUUUCCCAAAGCCGGAGAUAAGCAUGUUUUGCGUGUUCAUGCAUGGUUCAAAUUCUGGUUCAAAAAGGCCUCCAAGUAUAAUAUGCCUCCAGUGAGAACAGAAAAGAAACGAACAUCUCGUACCAAGGCGACCCAUAAUCCGAGCGGAGCUAUUCCAAAAUUUGGAGGAUGAUCGAAUUCUAUGAAGGUACCAUUCCACGUACUCAAGGUUCCUGCUGAAUAUGAGGAAGAGGUAUAUUUAGCGGCAUUUUUAUCGUGUUGGCUUUGUGCAUUUGUAUUGCCGCAUGAAGGUCCUAGAGUUAUCCGCCCGGAAACAUUCAGAGUUGCUUGUAUGUUGGCUCGAGGGAAACGUGUAUGCCUUGCGGUCCCGGUUCUUGCAAGUGUCUAUCAUGGCCUUAAUCGGAUCUCGAAUGCUCCAGCUCCUGAUCAAGUUAGAACGUGUUUUCCUGUUCACUAUGUCUAUGGAUGGUUGGCAUCAUACUUUGAUACGCAUUUUAAGAAUGAGAUCCAGUCCACGACACCAUUAAUGAUUUCUUAUUCGGGAGAAAGUGGAGCGAGAUCCCUCGAGAAGAGAAGUGCGCGCAAACGAAUUUUCCAGGGAGAUGUAUCAGCAUGGGUGUGUUCUACAUAUCGGAGAAUCAAAGAAUAUUCAUUCUUCGAUGGUAAAAAUCCUCCAGAGGCUGAGUUGGCGCUUUUUAGGAGUCUUCGGUCUAAUUAUCUUGUAUUACGCUAUCGGGAUCAUUGCAUUGCUGAGCCUUACACUCCUCACCGCUUUAGUCGCCAAUUUGGGUAUUUUCAGGCUUAUGCUUCUGGCUUUCUUGAGAUGCGUAAUCGGAGUGUCACACUUGCUGCUGGUUUUCAGCUUUGGCUACAGUUUGAGCACGGCAUGUCACAAGCUGAAGCGGUAUUUCCGACUCCUCCUACUAUUCCAACGAAAUUUUAUUCAUUGCAGUAUAAAGAAUGGUGGGGUCAAGUUCAUGGAAGUUAUUUGGAGAAUCAUGUGAGCGACUUGAUCAAGAUUUGCGAUCUUGCGGUUGGUGAUGUGAUCACCCCUUCAGAUCCUGUGACUCCAAUCUCCCAGAAGAAAAAAAUGCCUGAUACUGAAGCUAAGUCUUUGCCUCAGAAAAAGGGUAAGCUUGUAACACCUAGGGCUGCUGUUUUGAUUAAGGAUGCUGAGAAGGAAAUGUCUCCUGCCAAUGAAAGGCAGAGUAGUGAUGAGAGGAACUGGAAGCAUUUUAGGAAACCUCAUGUUGGGCCACUGAAGAUUCACGUAGUCCUUGAUGAUGCUAGUUCCUCGAAUCAUGUUUUUUCAUCUAGCUCAAGUGAAGGAGAAAGCGCAGAUCAUGACACCGUCGCUGGAUUGAUAGCAGAAACCAGUCCAAGUCAUUGCAAAGAAGUUCCGAUCCAUGAAAUACCCAAGUCUUCUCAUGCGAAACUGGCUGCAUCUGUAUUCCAUGCAGAAGACUACUUCUUUACUUUGUAUAAGCAGUUCAUCAUUAAUACUUGGAGUGACAUUCAACAAAAGUUAGGACGGGCUACAACAGAGAACGUCUCAUCUCUUCGGGAGAGUGUUGAGAAUUGUGUUAUCUUGAUGGAGAAGGAGGGCAUUGACCUUUCCAUGUUGAAGACGAGAGUGAAGCAUUUCUUUGAAAGGGCACAAACAUUUGAUCAAACGUGCUCGACUGUUGUUGAUAGGGUUCCUUAUGAGAAACAAUCUCAGGAAUUGGCUAUGUCGCAGGCUUUUUGUGAAGAUAUUGAAGCUAAGAGAUCUCAAAACCAAGUGGCACUACUUGAUGAUGAGAAAUCUCUUAAUGAUAUCAAGAAGAAGAUAACCUUAUUGGAAGCUGAAGCUAAGGAAGUAGAAGUUUUAAUCUCCAAGUGUCGUGUAGAGGCUAGUGACUUAGACGAAGCUCUUACGAAGGCUAAGGAAGAAUCUUCACGGAUUUUGAAGACUAUCAAAGCAUCAGAUGAGGAUCAAUUUGCUUUAAGUUCUCAAAAGAAGGAGCUAGAGGCCUUGAAGGAUGACUUAGUUAGCUUUAAAUUGUUUUUAGGCUGAUGCUUAGCUUUUAGAUUAGCUUUUAGUCAGCAAACAACUCUUUUCCAUAUUUCUUACCAAACUAUAUAUGGAUAUUUGCUUCCUUUGUUGCUUCUCAUGAGUUGAUAUUGCUUUGCUUCUUCUUCUGUUUUCUUCUUUUUUUUUUCAAAGUGACUGAGAUCAAACUUUAUUGAGGGUUUGUGUUGUUAUAACUGAACUCAAAAAUGAAACUUUUGAGCUGCCUAUGUACUCCUAUGAAGGAGAUCAAGUCAAACGUAGUUCAUAUGGACCAUUUGAAUUGGUAAUUUGAAGGGACCGUACACAGUUUUAACUCAUGCAGGCCAGGAGCUUGCCGUACACAUUUUUAACUCUCGUGGGCCAAGAGCUUGCCGUACACAUUUUAAACUCUCGUGGGCCAAGAGUAUCUAUGAUUAUGCCCACCCAUAGACAAGGUUGGACAAUAUGUGGAAUGUAUUGAAGAAUAUCAUCAGCAUCAGUAACAUCUUCCAUAGAAUACAAGCUGGAAAAGUAUUUAACUGCCUCUUCCCCUAUUGCAGACUGCCCAGAAAUAGGGGCUUGAAGUAGCCCAAGAGCUGAAGCUUUAGUAUUGGAGGCAACAAUAUCCUUCUUCUUGGAUGCAUUCCUAGUCACCCUCGGUGAGAUAUCAGCUGAAUUGCUGAAUUAACAUCCCUUGCUUCGUGAAGUCUGACUACAUAUUCUACUUUAGAACGAAUAUCAGGUAAACAUUCCUUCCAAAUUUGGACAUAUUAUGUCCUCUUUGGUUUCUUACCAUAUGAGAAGUAAUCCUUCUUCAUCAACUCAGUAUCUAUGCCAAAUCAUCAACUAUGCCCCCCAAGUCUUUAGUGUUUGAUUUCCUAACACCAGGAACAUCUGUAUUUAAUAUAAGUUGAAGAUCAUUUAGAAACUCAUACUGCUCUUGUAUAACAAUAUAACAUGUUCAGGUUCAGGUGGUUCUUUAGUGUCAAGAAACUCCUCGGUAUCACAGAUUAAUCCCUCAUUGGUUGUUAUCUUCGAUGUAGAUGCUAUGUUGUCUUGUAAAUUUAUAUCUGCCUUCUUUCCUUCCCCCUUAUCCCCGUCCGGAAAUAGGGUUAUUUGCUUCUCAUUGUUCUCCUUAUGUAUGGUUUUAGCAAUCCAUUUUUCAAUUGGUUGAUCAAUAGCUGCUGGUUGCUUAGACAGUUAGACUUAUCAUCUUUGGACACUUUUGCACUGAAUGCCCCAAGUGUAAACAAUAAGCACAAUACUCUAGUUUAUUCUCAUAAAUAACGGAUUGAGAAA